AUGUCGGACCAAGCUGAGAAACGUCUAGUACGCAAGCUUGACUUGCAUAUCAUGCCAUGGAUCAUCGUAUCCUAUCUAUUGAACUAUUUGGAUCGAACCAAUCUUGGUAACGCUCGUACACUCAACAAUGAUAAGCCUGGAGAAUCGCUGGUUGAGACACUCAAGCUUGCCGGUGAUAAAUAUAAUCUCGUAGUAGCGAUCUUCUUUGUACCUUAUGUGAUUUUUGAAUUUCCCAGUAACAUUGCUCUCAAAUACUUUACACCCAGUAGAUGGAUUGCCCGAAUCAUGGUUUCUUGGGGAAUCGUUACUAUCUGUUCAGCCGCGGUGAAAACAUACACGGGAAUGAUCGUUUGUCGAAUAUUCUUAGGUAUUGCAGAAGCUGGAUUCUUCCCUGGUAUCAUGAUGUACCUUUGUUUCUGGUACAAGCCAUCUGAACGAGCGACUCGAAUGGCGAUCUUUGCAGCUUCCAUCGCUGUAGCAGGAGCUUUUGGGGGUCUUAUUGCUACUGGAGUUUCCUUCAUGUCUGGUAAAGGCAAUUUAUACGGAUGGCAAUGGUUAUUCAUCCUUGAAGGUAUUCCAGCUGUCAUAGUUGGAGUAUUAAUAUACUUCUUCUUGCCCGAUUUCCCCGAAACUGCCAAGUUCUUAUCCGAAGAAGAGAGAGAAUUGGCUGUUACGAGAUUAGGUCCUUAUGCUCCCAAAGGCACUGAUAAACACUUUGACAAGGUCGAAUUCAUCGCCACUAUCAAAUCUUGGCACUUCUGGGUUUUCUCGUUACAAUACUUCUUCAUGACCAACUCCCUCAAUGCUUUCGGAUACUUCGCACCUACGAUCAUCUCAGCCAUGGGAUUCAAAGGAUACCAAGCACAAUUGCUCACUGUCCCUCCAAACGCAUUCGCAUUCUUCGUCAUCAUUGGAAAUGCCAUGUGGUCCGAUAAACGAAAAGAACGACCCACGCAUAUCAUCGGCGGACUUAUCCUUGUCGCCAUAGGAUAUAUCCUUUUAGCUACUGUCAAGGGUGUUGCGGGUCGAUAUAUCGGUACAUGUCUCAUCGCUUGUACCAACGCAGCUGUCAUUCCCUUCAUCGCGUACCGAACUGCUACUGUUACAGGAGCUACAAGUACAGCUAUAGCCACAGGAGCUAUGAUUGCUAUCGCAAAUUGUGCAGGUGCUGUUGCUCCUUAUCUAUUCCGAUCAAAAGAUUCACCUCACUACUACCCUGGACUCUGGACUUUGUUUGCAAUGCUUGGUGCCUCCAUCGUAUUGACUGGUGGAUUGUGGUACAAGCUCGGCUCUUCGAGUGAAUACAGAGACAGAUUGGAAGAAGUAGAAGACGAAGCACAGUAUGUCGGUCAAGUCAAACUGCCUCAAUUGGGACGAGGUGGAGCAAAGAAUGACGAAGAAGCCGCGGAUUACAAGACUCCUACUGCCAUCUAA